AUGAGCUACCAGGAGCGGAAGUUUUUUGUCCUUCGUGACCCCCUGCCAGCUACUGAGACCGCUAGCCUUCUUGGCAGACUGGUUACCUCUAUAGAAUCUCCUUUGGACAGAUUUGCACCCUAUCCUGAUCCCAGACGGCCCCCUCACAACACCAAUGACAUCCUUCCAUCCAUUGUUCCGGACCCUGAAGUCUCGAACUCUUCCGACCAGACUAUUACUGUUGCCAGAGAUCGUGGCUUCUUAGUCCAACUAUCGGCCCUCCUCAACAUCAAUCUUUCUCGCAAUAGAGAGGAAAGCAUCAGGCUAGAGAGUGACCUUGUCAAGAAAUACGUUCUUAGUAGUCCGGAAAUUUAUUUUGAACAACUUAUGGAGAACGAGGAUUAUGCAAAAGAUGCGCGGGAUCUCCUUUCAAAGGCCAAGGGAAACCGCGGUUAUCUUGUCACUGGCUUCAUAACAGCGUCUGAGGCCACCUGGACCACUGAGAAUGCGACUGGCAGAGGCGGUGGCUUUGAUGCAUCUGUUCCCGUUGGCCAAGCCUGCGGCGUACCAGAUUCUGGUUUCCUCGACAUUUCUCUUGGGGUCAAUAGCGUUACCAACAACACCCAGUCUUAUACGCGACAUGUUGUCGGGGAACAGAUUUUUGCCAUAUCGUAUUCCACUGUUCAGCUCUCUGAAAAGCGAAUAUGGCCAUCGAAUAAUGUUAACCAUACACCUGUCAUUACUGGACCUAAAAAGGCUAAAGCUCAUCAUUUAGCCAUGGGUAAUAAGGACGGUGAUGAUUUGGAAGAGGUUGAAUGGGAUUCUGAUGACGAGGAUGGAACUAUUUGUAAAUCAGAGCCUGCGAAACUCCAAGAAGAAGAAUUAGAGAUUAUCUUAAAAGACAAUCAACAAAUUCUGGAGGAGAAUAGUAGCUUUUUAUAUCUUACUAUAAUCUAA